AUGUCGACCGCCGAAACGCAAAAGGUUCCUGCCUGGAAGCGAUUGGGCCUCAAGCUCAAGCAGCCCGCAGGCGCUGGGACAGAGAGUCCCAAUGGGCUCUCUAGCAUUGGAGCCGUUGGGCAUCCAAGCAGCAGCCUGGCCCAGCCGAGCCCCAAGAGAAAGUUUGCCCCGCCUGCAUCACAUCUUAACCCUAUCCAUGGUAAUAAAAGGCCACGAAGGGAUGAGUCGCCAAAACCAAAGAAAGUCACAUUCGAUGAUACUCCGACAAAGAAGGUUGUUCCCGGCAAUAGCGACAUCAGGAAGACGCCCGCCAAAAAAGAGGCCAAGCCUAAAAAGAAGAGCCCCGCGAAGCAGGCCCAGCCGGCGCACGAUCUGAAGCCCGCCCUCGAGUACCUGCGAUUGUGGAAGACAUCCAGAGAGAGCUGGAAGUUUAAUAAAAACCACCAAUCCUCUCUCAUCAAACACAUUUUCGACGGUCCAGACUCAAUUCCAUCUUCCGACGUCGAGACCUUUUACGAGUACAUCAAGGACCUGAAGGGUUACGUUAGAACCCGCCUCCAGGAGACCGCCAUGGAGGUUAAGACUCGGGACGAAUCAGAUGGGUAUGCAUCUUUCCCCGAGGGGACCACAGAUGAAGACGAAAAGCAAGCAGCCUACGACUCUAUUCUCGCAGGAAUUCUACGUCGGCGCAAGGCUGGCAAGCGCAAGUUCUUUAGCGAGCCGCAAUAUGUCUCGGAGAGCGAGGAUGGCGAGGUCAUUGUAUGCCGUCUAGUUAAGCGCAUGCGAGCAGAGCUUGUGCUCGACGCAUUAUCAGACAGCGAAGAAUCAACAACCACAGACACCAGCACUUCCUCCAAGACCGUAACGGGAGGCGACAACAGCAACACUGUUACCACCGACGAAGAAAAGCAAAUAACAAUCAAUGGCGCCACGACACGAAGACGGCGAAAGCUUCGUGUCAACGUGGAUGACACCAGCUCCGAGUCUGAGUCUGAGAGUGAGUCUGAAAGCAGCAGCUCGUCAGAGGAUUCGGAUAGCGACGAAGAAGAACGGCCGGAUGAGGAUGAGACAUCAAGCAGUUCCUCUUCUUCAUCUUCAGAAGGCGAUUCAGAGUCAGAAUCAGAGGAGGAGAGCGAUGAGGACUAA